CGCAGCUGCCCGCGGGCAGAGCGCCCUCGGACCCGGGAGCGCACACCGCGGGGCAAGUCGGUGCCCUCUCGAAUCCCCACGCUCCUCGUCAGGUCGCCGGGGCGGCGGGGGCGCUUCUGGAAAGGCGAGUGAUGAACUGACGGGCGGCUCCGGGCUUGGGCGCGCAGUCCUAGGACACUCUCGCCCUGCACGCUGAGCGGGAGGCGAGCAGCGCACGGUGGACCGGGCGCCUCCCGCGCACCGGGGGACCGCGGACGACCGGCGCGGGACGGCCACCUGGAGCGCAGCGGCCAGGUCUGAACGGUGAUGGCACUUAUUUCUGUUACGAGUUUCUCAGUGGACUGUGGAUUGACUGAACUAUACCCAUUCCCAUCAUGAUGUAUACCACCAAGGCUCCUCACUACACCUGUGUUCUAAUUAGAGGUGAAAUAAAUGACAUUCAGAACUUCCACUAAGGUACUAUAAGCUUUCGUGGCAACAUGGCAUCUGGUUUCUUUCUACAAGGAAAGUUCAGCACACAGCACAGUCAUUGAUACAUUGGAUUGGUUUGAGGAUCCUACCUGGAGUAGACUGUGGGCUUCCAUGACACUUGUGGCAUUCUUGGACCUGUUACAGACCAUAAGAUUCAGAUCCUAUGUCCAAAGGAAACAGUGAAAUUCUGGGAAAAACUAUGUCAGAGAGUCACCAUGACCUUGCACAAUAACAAUACAACCUCACCCUUGUUUCUGAACAUCAGCUCUUCCUGGAUUCACGGCCCUUCGGAUACAGGGCUGCCCCCAGGAACGGUUACUCAUUUUGGCAGCUACAACAUUUCUCGGGCAGCUGGGAAUCUCUCCUCUCCAAAUGGCACCACCAGUGACCCUCUAGGAGGUCAUACCAUCUGGCAGGUGGUCUUCAUUGCAUUCUUAACAGGCGUCCUGGCCUUGGUGACCAUCAUUGGCAACAUCCUGGUGAUAGUGGCAUUCAAGGUCAACAAGCAGCUGAAGACAGUCAACAAUUACUUCCUCCUAAGUCUGGCCUGUGCUGACCUGAUCAUUGGGGUCAUUUCAAUGAAUCUGUUUACUACCUACAUCAUCAUGAACCGAUGGGCGUUAGGGAACCUGGCCUGUGACCUCUGGCUGUCCAUUGACUAUGUGGCUAGCAAUGCCUCCGUCAUGAACCUUCUGGUCAUCAGCUUUGACAGAUACUUUUCCAUCACGAGGCCACUCACGUACCGAGCCAAACGAACAACAAAGCGAGCUGGUGUGAUGAUAGGUUUGGCUUGGGUCAUCUCCUUCAUCCUUUGGGCUCCUGCCAUCUUGUUCUGGCAAUACUUUGUUGGCAAGAGGACUGUGCCUCCAGGGGAGUGUUUCAUCCAGUUCCUCAGUGAGCCCACCAUCACCUUUGGUACGGCCAUCGCUGCCUUUUAUAUGCCUGUCACCAUCAUGACUAUUUUAUACUGGAGGAUCUAUAAGGAAACUGAAAAACGUACCAAAGAACUUGCUGGGCUGCAGGCCUCUGGAACAGAGGCCGAGGCAGAGAACUUUGUCCACCCCACGGGCAGUUCUCGAAGCUGCAGCAGCUAUGAGCUCCAGCAGCAGAGCAUGAAACGCUCAGCCAGGAGGAAGUACGGACGCUGCCACUUCUGGUUCUCAACCAAGAGCUGGAAGCCAAGCGCCGAGCAGAUGGAUCAAGACCACAGCAGCAGCGACAGCUGGAAUAACAAUGAUGCUGCUGCCUCCCUGGAGAACUCUGCCUCCUCCGACGAGGAGGACAUUGGCUCAGAGACCAGAGCCAUCUACUCCAUCGUGCUCAAGCUCCCAGGUCACAGCACCAUCCUCAACUCCACCAAACUACCCUCAUCCGACAACCUGCAGGUGCCGGAGGAGGAGCUGGGGACGGUGGGCUUGGAGAAGAAAACCAGCAAGCUUCAGGCCCAGCAGAGCAUGGACGACGGAGGCAGCUUUCAGAAAAGCUUCUCCAAGCUUCCCAUCCAGUUAGAGUCUGCCGUGGACACAGCCAAGGCCCCUGAUGUCAACUCCUCGGUGGGUAAGACCACGGCCACUCUACCUCUGUCCUUCAAGGAAGCUACGCUGGCCAAGAGGUUUGCUCUGAAGACCAGAAGCCAGAUCACGAAGCGAAAACGGAUGUCCCUCAUCAAGGAGAAGAAAGCAGCCCAGACCCUCAGCGCCAUCCUGCUUGCCUUCAUCAUCACCUGGACCCCCUACAAUAUCAUGGUCCUGGUGAACACCUUUUGUGACAGCUGUAUCCCCAAAACCUAUUGGAAUCUGGGCUACUGGCUGUGCUACAUCAACAGCACGGUGAACCCCGUGUGCUAUGCCCUGUGCAACAAAACGUUCAGAAACACGUUCAAGAUGCUGCUCUUGUGCCAGUGCGACAAGAGGAAGAGGCGCAAGCAGCAGUACCAGCAGAGACAGUCGGUCAUCUUCCACAAGCGGGCGCCUGAGCAGGCCUUGUAGAACGGGGUGCGUUCAGUAGCCGUCACCACACGCACACGUCAACCCAGAACCUUAGGAGGGCGUAAGGUGAGGGUGGGGGUGAUCUCUGGCGCUGAUUAACAUGUUUUUAUCACCCAGACGUGAAAGAAGCUGCCUGUUUCCCGGUCCGUUAAAAUAAACCCAUUUUAAUGUCAAAAGUCAAAUACCUAUUCAGCCAAAAAUAAGUAAGCUCAUUACUGAAUAUGAAGGAAUUUAUUCUGAAACAGACUUUGUUUUUUCUUAAAGAGAAGGAAAUAAUUUUUUUCAUAGCAAUUACACACCCAGAUUGGUUUGCCUGGGUCUUUUCAUUCCCAUUGGCUCUGGAAUCCCGGUGAGCAUAACUAGCUGGCCCAUUGUCACAUGCUCUCCAAGGAUCCCCAAAGUGUCCAUCGGAUCCCACGUGGAACAUGUCAGGCUAGUGAAUCCAUGGUUCUGAAAUUCUUUCAUACAUUGCAAAACAGCACCUCCUCGUCCCAGUAGAGCUCUCCGUCUUCUCAUGGGUGUGUCAUUAAACUCUCUUUGUGGACUUGAUUCUUGCAAAGUACUAUUUUGUGCAGUUCAAGUUUCAUACAAGUAAAAGAUAUAUAAGUAUAUAUGUAGAUAUAUAUGUGUGUGUGUGUGUGUGUGUGUGUAUGUGUGUGAAUUCCACGCACACACACGUAGUGUAUAUAAUAUAAUGGGAAUUAAUGAACUGGCAAAUUACUCCGGCAAUAGAUUCUUUCAGUACUUUGGUGACUAAAGUUUCUCUAGGAUCCUAACGCAACGUAGGAGUGAAAUAAACCCAGUAGUGUUUUGGAAGCCAGGGCUGUUUUCCUGGAGAAUAGGCAGCAGACAGCAGCCAGGCCCUCUGGGCUGAUCUGUGUAGGACAGUCAGCCUAGUGAGUCAGAUGAGCACCACGGUCUGACCAGAUUCUGAGUAAGUUGUCACCUUUGUUGACACCCUCAACAAAGCUAAAUCAAAUGGGAUGGGGGCCCCCUCUGUGCCCAAAGAAUGAGUCACAUCCGCGGGUUUGAAUUUCAUGGUCCAAAUCUGAAUGUUUCCAACCAAAACCUUUGCUAUCUUACCUGCUUGAAAUUUAAUAAUAGUGUCACAUUUGAAUUUCAUGCACAACAUUACCUGGGGCAAAGCAGAAGAGACCUUGUGAGGGCCAGAGAGAAACACAGGAUUCGAUUUCCUGCUACUCAACAUCUUUAAACGCAAAAGGGCUUAACACUCUUGUCACUUUGCUGGGGCCAGUGCUUUUGUGUGACCUUCACCCAGAAUAGGUGGGGGUUGGCAAGUCCCAAAUCCUCUGAAGAAAGUGUUACACUCUGAAAAGUAUUGCUGCAAAUUGACUUCUUUAGUACGUUUCUAAAAAGUGAUUUUUGUGUUCUCUUCUGAAUUGACCCAAAUGCUAACCGUUCUGUUUGGGGGAGGGGAGGGGCGCUGCUGUGGCUGUCAUCUGUGUUGCUGCUAUA